UGCGCAGCGGACAAGCACACCGCCUGAAGAGCAGCAGCAAGAGCGGCACAAGGAUCUCUCCAAAAACAAAUUAAUCACUGUUUUUCUUUAUUAUUCUAGUGUCUUGCUUCAAUUUUCUUUUAUCUAUUGUAUGCAUUUUGCCAAUAUGUCUAAGACGCUCACCGGGUUGCUCGUGGCUCUGUGCGUAACGAGCGCGUUUUCAGGGAACACCAAAAACAAAAGACAGAGUGGUCAGUAUCAAGUGUAUCCACAACUCCAUGAAAUUGCAUCGGGCUCUUCAGACGGAUGUGAGGAGAAUGGGGUGUCAUACAGAGUAAAUGAGCAGUGGGAGAAGCCGUACCGCGGGAGUACACUGUUGUGCACCUGCAGUUCAACCUCAGGCAUCAAGUGUAAAACAAAACCCGCAGUUGAGGAGACGUGCUACGACAAGUACAAUGACCGGACGUACCGGGUCGGUGAAACCUACGAGAGGCCAAAGGACGGAAUGAUAUGGGACUGCUCGUGCAUCGGCUCUGGGCGCGGCAAAAUCAGCUGCACCAUCGCAAACCGCUGUCAUGAAUCUGGGAGGUCGUAUAAAAUCGGAGACACUUGGCAAAGACCCCACGAGACUCAGAACUACAUGCUGGAAUGUGUCUGUUUGGGCAAUGGCAAAGGAGAGUGGACCUGCAAACCCCUGGCUGAGCGUUGCUAUGACAACGGAGGAGCUUCCUCGUACAUGGUUGGUGAGACGUGGGAGAAAUCAUACCAGGGCUGGAUGAUGCUGGACUGCACCUGUGUGGGAGAGGGCAAUGGCCGCAUCACCUGCACAUCUAGAAACCGUUGUAAUGACAAGGCCAUGCAGCAGUCCUAUCGCAUUGGACAGACCUGGAGGAAGGUGCACACUGAUGGACACAUGGUGGAGUGUGUGUGUUUGGGCAACGGCCGAGGAGAGUGGAAAUGUGAAAGAGAUGCAGCACGAUCAGGCCCUAUAGGCUCGGGUACUGUGGUACUGACGCCAGUGCUGACCCCACUGCUGCCCCAGCCUCUGCCUCAGCCCCUGCCUCCUACUGAAGGCAGCUGUAGAACCGACUCUGGAGCUACUUUCUUUGAUGGACAGAGAUGGAUCAGGAAUCAGGGAUCUCAACAGAUGCUCUGCACCUGCCUGGGCAAUGGAGUCACUUGUGAGGAGUGGGAGGCCACUAGCCAGGUGUAUGGUGGGAAUUCCAAUGGGCAACCCUGUGCAUUUCCAUUCGUCUUUAUGGGAAAGACCUAUUACUCCUGCACAUCUGAUGGACGCUCUGACGGUCAGCUUUGGUGCUCCACAACCUCUGACUAUGAAAGAGACCAGCAGUACUCCUUCUGCACUGAGAAGUAUGCCAUUGUGGUAACACGAGGUGGAAACUCCAACGGUGCCCUGUGUCACUUCCCAUUCCUGUACAGUGGCCGUAACUACACUGACUGCACCGCUGACGGCCGCCGAGAUGGAAUGAGGUGGUGCGGGACGACCUACAACUAUGAUGGAGAGCAGAGAUUUGGAUUCUGUCCCAUGGCUGCUCAUGAGGAGGUGUGCACCACGAGUGAUGGAGCCAUGCAUCGCGUUGGGGAUAAAUGGGACAAACGGCACGAUGUCAUGGGUCACAUGAUGGAGUGCACAUGUCUGGGGAACGGCCGAGGAGAGUGGAGCUGCAUCGCGUACUCCCAGCUCAGAGACCAGUGCAUUGUGGAUGGAUACACUUAUGAAACCAACCAGGAGUUCUCCAAGCGCCACGAUGCGGGCUACAUGAUGAACUGCACCUGUUUUGGACAGGGCCGUGGGCGCUGGAAGUGUGAUGCUGUUGAUCAGUGCCAGGAACCUCAAACCAAAGCCUUCUAUCAGAUCGGAGAGUCGUGGGAUAAGUCUAUAAAUGGCAUUCGCUAUCGCUGCUACUGCUAUGGGAAUGGGAAUGGGGAGAUGAGAUGUGAGCCUCUGACAACUUCCCCAGAUGGCUACAGACCAGUGCAAGUGAUCAUCACAGAGGCAGGGAAGCAGCCGGACUCCCACCCCAUCCAAUGGAACCCACCCACAUCGGUCCACAUCACCCAGUACAUCCUGAAAUGGAGAAUCAAAAAUACCCGUGCACCUUGGAGGGAGGCAGUCAUCCCAGGACACCUGAACUCUUACACCAUCAGUGGGCUGCGUCCUGGUGUCACCUACGAGGGUCAGCUCAUCAGCAUCCUCCAAUAUGGCCGCCGAGAGGUUACACGCUUUGAUUUCACCACCACAUAUGGUUCCUUGGAGACUGCAGAGGGAGAGACCACACCUCUUCCUCCAGUGGUAGACACCUCUGAGUCCGUCACAGAAAUCACCUCCAACAGUUUUGUAGUCUCAUGGACCUCUGCUGCUGCUACCGUCUCCGGCUUCAGAGUGGAGUAUGAGCUGAGUGAAGAUGGGGCCAAACGAAACACUUUGGAUCUUCCUCGUACCUCCACGUCUGUUACCAUCGGCGACCUCCUGCCUGGGCGCCGCUAUAACGUGAAUGUCUAUGAGCUUCCAGAACAAGGAGAACCUAACCUCAUCCUCACUACUUCACAGACUACAGCUCCAGAUACUCCUGCCCAACAUGUUGUCGACGAUGUGACUGAGACUUCCAUCCGCAUCAGCUGGUCACGCCCUCAGGCUCCUGUCACUGGUUAUCGUGUGGUGUACACUCCGUCAGUAGAAGGAAGUAGCACAGAACUGAUGCUGCUUAACACAGAAACCUCCGUGAACCUGGUUGACCUUCUGCCCGGGCAUCUGUACAACAUCAGCAUUUAUUCCAUGAAGGACCAGAUGGAGAGUGAGCCCAUCUUUGUACAAGUCAACACUGCAGGCUCCCCUCUGCCAGAGGACGUCCCAUCUCCCACAGACCUGCAGUUUUAUGAAGUAUCCGAUGUGAAGAUCAGCAUCACCUGGACAGGACCCCCCAGUGAAGUGACAGGGUACAGGGUCACCUUCUCCCCCGUGGGACCUGACGGCUCUGACAUAAGACUCCUGCAACUUCCUGUUUCUCCAAAUGCAUAUGCAGACAUCACCCACCUGCAGCCCGGAACCCUCUACCGCUUUUACAUCUACGCCAUCAAUGGAGGGGUGGAGAGCGAGCCCCUCAUGGGAGAGAAGGCAACAAAGCCCGAUGCUCCGUCCAAACUCCAGUUCACAGAUGUUGGUUCUGACAAUGUUCUAGUAGUGUGGGAGGCUCCUCGUGCCUCAGUGUCUGGAUACAGGCUGUAUCUGAGCAUUGAGGGCUCCAGCCCCACUGAGAAGAGGAUCCCAGGGGAUGUGGCCCAGUACCAUCUUCGAAACCUCCGCCCCGACACACAGUACACAGCCACUCUGCACUCUGUGAUUGACAAUGACCUGAGUGAAGGCGUGACAUCAUAUUUCACAACAGCUCCAAAGAUGGGGAAUGCUCCUCCGUUCAGCACUGAAGUCACUGACACCUCCAUCAUUGUCACCUGGAUCCCAGUGCGCCGAUUUAGCUACAAGCUGACUGUCCUGCCAAGUGAAGAGGGCGAGUCUCCCAGAGAGGACACAUCUGACACCGGGCGGGUUUAUAUUUCUGAUCUGAUACCCGGGACUCAAUACACCUACAGUGUCCAGCCCAUAUUUAAUGGACGCAACAGAGGGAAUGCCGUCACACGCAACGUGGUUACAUCUCUUUCUCCUCCCACAGACCUUAGAGUUGAGUCCAGCCCAAACAGAGGAGAUCUCACUGUCUACUGGGUCGCCUCCAGAACACCUGACAUCACAGGCUACAGGGUUGCGAGCACCCCCACUAGUGGUCAGCGAGGAAACUCUUUGGAGGAGAAUGUCAGUUCUGACCAAACCUCCUGUAUCCUGGAAAACCUGAGUCUGGGGGUGGAGUACAACGUCAGUGUGUUCACAGUCAAAGGGCAACAGGAGAGUCUCCCUGUGUCCACUGUCGUCACACCAGAAAUACCUGUACCACGUGACAUUGAGUUUGUGGAUAUUACUGACACCACUAUUGGCCUGCGUUGGAUCCCUUUGAAUUAUACCUCCAUCACUGCCUAUCGGAUUUCAGUAGUGGCAGCGGGUGAAAGUUUGUCCAUUUUCCAAGACAUGGUUGAGGUGUCUGCUGGUUAUUACACCAUCCGUGGUUUGGAGCCAGGGGUGGACUAUGACAUCAUUAUCACCACAGUAACAGAAGACGGAGAGAGCGAGCCGACCGCAUACACAAAGCAAACACAAGCUGCCAUCCCUGCCCCGACCAACCUGCAGUUCAGUGGGGUGGGUCCAGACCAUAUCAGGGUGACCUGGGCAGUGCCUCAUGUGGCCACUCCGAGCGACAUCUCUCGUUUUGUCAUUCGUUAUCACCCCACCAACACCUACGACGAUGUGAAAGAGGUGAAUGUGGGCGGAUCCACCAACACCUAUCUGCUCCAGAAUCUUCUGCCAAACACUGAGUACUCCAUCAGUGUGGUUCUUGUCUACACUGAAAGUGUAAGUGAGCCAGCCACAGGAACCCAGAGGACAACUUUGGAUGCCCCUACUGGCCUGGACUUCUCUGACAUUCAGACAAAUUCAUUCACUGUCCACUGGGUGGCGCCCACUGCUAUUAUCACUGGAUACCGACUCAAUUAUCAGCCGACAAGUGGAGGACGCAUCAAAGACGCAAAAAUCCAUCCCUCCAGGACCCACUACACUCUAACUCAGCUGACCCCAGAGACAGAGUACAUUGUCCAUAUUUAUGCUGUGGGCAGAAAUCAGGAGAGCCAACCCCUCAGCGGCACACAGGCCACCAUCUCUGAUGCUCCCACUGACCUGGAGGUGAUGACCAGCACCCCAACCACAAUCACCAUCCACUGGGAUGCCCCCUCUGUCACUGUCAAGUACUACAGGAUCAACUAUGGUGCCACAGGAGACACCCCUCAGGAGUUCACGGUCCCUGGCACCCAGACCGCAGCCACCAUCUCUGGGCUUAGACCUGGCACAGAGUACACCAUCACAGUGUACGCUGUAACAGGACGAGGAGAUAGCCCCUCCGCUAACAUCCCUGCCACCAUCACUCAUCGCACAGACACCGAGUCCCCUUCUGGCAUGAAGGUAACUGAUGUGAGUGACAACGCCCUUACAGUGCGCUGGUCCCCUGCUCAGGGUCCUAUCAGAGGAUACAGAAUCACAAGUGCCCCCAAGAAUGGCCUUGGACCCUCCUAUUCUGAGGUGGUUGGUCCAGAGCGAACCCAGAUGAGAUUCACUGGUCUGAUCCCUACGACUGAGUAUGUGGUGAAUGUGUACACCCUGGGCACAGAUGGACAGACCUCUUCACCUGCUGUAGAAAACGCCAUCACAGCCAUGGACCGCCCCAAAGACCUGACAUUCUCUGACAUUGACUUCACCUCUAUGCGUAUCACAUGGGACAGUCCUGAAGGCACCGUGACAUCAUACCGCAUCUUCUACACCAGUUCAGAAGAGGGAGAGAGAGAACUGCGCCCCGCCCCCAGUGGAGACCAGGACAGCGUGGUCAUCACGGGACUCCGCCCCGGAACAGAAUACACAUUUAAAGUGAUAGCCCUGAACGGACGCACUCAGAGCACGCCUCUGGUUGGAAAACAAGCCACAGUUGUUCCAGCUCCAGCAAACCUUGAGAUCUUUGAUGUGGGCCCGUCCUCCUUCGUGUUGUCAUGGAGACCGCCUAACGCACGUCUUACUGGUUAUCGCAUUGUCAUCAACCCCAAAAAUGUCAACGGACCGUCCAAAGAAAUGAAUGUCGCCCCGGAUACAUCCAGGGUCACGGUGCCGGGACUGAUGGUGUCAACAACCUACCAGGUUUACAUUUACGCUCUGAAGAACUCUGUAACCAGUCGACCUCUGGAGGGAGAAGCAACCACACUAGAAGACCUCAGCCCUCCUAGAAGAGUCAGACUCUCCGAUGUUAAAGACACCUCCUUCACUCUGACCUGGCGCACCAAAUUUGAGACUAUCACUGGUUUCCUGAUAGAAGCUACACCACAGGACAGCACCCAGCCUGCUCUGAGCAGGACAAUCUCUGGAGACCUACGCACCUACACUGUCCAAGGUCUGCAGCCCGGAACCUCAUACAAUGUUAAGAUGUAUACGCUGAAUGGAAACACAAAGAGUGCCCCAUUUAUCCUCACUGUUCUGACUGCUCAGCCAGUUGUCCCAGCACCUACCACACUGCAGGUCACUUCUCUGACCCCCACCUCUGUGUCCUUCACCUGGAGACCCCCUUCCACUGACAUCACAGGAUACUACAUCACCUACGAACAGUCAGGAGGGCGGCCUCGUGAGCUCCUCCCACCUCCCCACGCUGGACAAAACUAUGCCACAAUAUUUGAUUUGCGACCAUCGACGGAGUACAUUAUCAAAAUUGUUGCAAUCCAAAACAACAUAAGGAGCACCCCUCUUAUUGGCCGAAUCAUCACCAAACCAGAAUACUUCCUUCCCCUGCCACUGCCGCACCAUCCAGGUGGCAAUGACGACAAGCUAGAUGUGCCUGAAACUGACAACAAAAUUCAGGUGGUGGGCAACAACGGGCAAGACCGGCUGGGUGGUCAAAGCCAGCAUGUGGAGUACACUGAAUAUAACAACAACGGAGAUAGUAGACAGCCACAGUCUCCUUAUGGGCAAGUGCGUGAGCCUUUGGUGUUUGUGCCCUUUCCCGAUACAGAGGGGAACAGGCUGCCCAUAGUCAAGAUGAACGUACCCAUUGGAAUGCCCAUAGGGAAUGAUACAGGACUGCCACAAGAAGCGCAAACUCAAACUACGGUGUCCUGGAAGCCAUACAAGAAGAGUAACGCCUAUCUGGUGUCCUGUGAGCCCCUGUCAAACGCACAGGAGAAGCUCUUUCAGGUCCGUUUACCUGGUACAGCUACCACUGCCACUUUGAUUGGACUCACCCCAGGAGCAAACUAUAACGUAAUUGUGGAAGCCAUCUUAGGAGCACUCAAGCACAAAGUCCUUGAGCAGAUUGUAACAGCUGGAAAUACAAUCCCAGAUGGAGUGCCAUCCUCCUCCUCAGACUCAUGUUACGACUCUUUCACUGCGACCCACCAUGAGGUCGGAACUGAGUGGGAGCGCAUGUCCGAGACCGGAUUCAAACUCUGGUGCAGGUGUCUCGGCCUCGGGAGCGGCCAUUUUAGAUGUGACUCAUCAAAGUGGUGCCAUGAUAGUGGAAAUAACUACCGCAUUGGAGAGAAGUGGGAUCGCAGAGCUGAGAAUGGACACCUCAUGAGCUGCACGUGUUUGGGGAAUGGCAAAGGAGAAUUCAAAUGUGAACCACAUGAGUCUGUGUGCUAUGAUGAGGGCAAAACAUACCAAGUAGGAAACCAGUGGCAGAAGGAAUACUUGGGUGCAAUUUGUACCUGCACUUGCUAUGGAGGACAACAGGGCUGGCGAUGUGACAGCUGCCGUAGGCCAGGGGCAGAAGUAGACCCCACUCUGUUGCAGCCUGUGAGAUACGGAGACAACACACUGCGCAAACUGAAUAUCCAUUGUCCGAUUGAAUGUCUCCGGCCCGACCUGUUGGCAGAUGGCCACCUUUCCCCAAACCCACGGGAAUAAAGCAUCUGCCCUGUCUCCAUCUGAUCACUGCACUUUUCACACUCAUCUCAUGCCAAUAUUUUAAGAUAAAACUUAACCUUUUUUUGCUCUAGGAUACUUGUUUCAUCCAAUUCUGCAAUUCAUAAUCCAUAAUCUACUGUACACCAAAGAAACGUUUUGGAUUGACUUUUCUCUAAAACAAAACAGCUUAAGAAAUGUGAGCACUGUUAUAGAAGAAUCUCAUUACAUUUUAUCUGUUUAAACUCCCUGUAGUCCUUUGUUUAAUAAGCACUGUGUGUAACUGACACAUUUCAUAAUUUAUCCCUUUAAUCUCAAAGUGUGAAUGUAACAAUCUUGAUGUGAGGAAUCAGACUUUUCUAUUUUUGUACGUUGUUUGUGCUGAAGUUGUUUCUACAAAAAGAAAAGAGAUCCCAA